AUUGGCUGCAUGUGGGUAGGAACAUGGCUGCUGUCGGUGCUUCGGAGCUGCUGCUAAAGUCAGUGAAGUCCAUCGCUGUGCGAUUCUGUCCCUUUGAACCCAAUGUCCGGCAUGUUAGAGAAUUUGUGGAAAAAAUAAACUCGAAAAAGAUCCGCUCUACCAACGCAAACUGUGACAUUGCUGUAGACAUAAGGCAUGACCGGAGUGAACCCCGUGUAGAUGUUCUAUUUGCUGACGGCGAGAGGCUAGUGAUAAAAGGCUCCAAUGUGACCUCCAAGGAAAUGCUAUCGGCAUUAAAUGUAAAAUGUGCCUCCAAGGACCAGCAAGCAAAAGACAGUGGCAGAAAGUAGUGCUUCUCUUUUGAUCAUUGUUUCAUAUGAUUAUGUAACCUUCUGCCUGGGGCACAGCAGCAUCAUCAUGGACUAUUUCUACUGGGAUCAGCAGUCAUAACACAGUCUUCUAGUGAACUGGCAGAAUCACUCUGAGCCAAAACCCUACAUUCACUGGAGAACUUGUAUUUGCUUUCUGUUAAUAUUUCUUUUCCACCUGCACAAAAAACAUUUAUACAGAUAGAUAUUUCCACUGUUUUAAAAGACAAUAUAACUCAUCUGUAACAAGGGUUUGUAUUGUAUUCACUCUUCUAUAAAGGGAUACUAUCAUCCUAAAAUUGAGUCUGUAAACAAGAUGUAAUAAUGCAACUUGGUUUGGACAAGCCACUAUAUCACUGAGAUGGGUGAGCUUAUUUCUCGCUCCUUAUGUGACUCCACAUCCCUAUUUCUUAACUUUGGGUGCCCAGAUGUUGUAGAACUUUAACUUCCAUAAUUCUUCAAAACACCAAUAGCUAAUGUAUGAUUGAAGUUGUAGUUCUGCAACGAAUCCACUGUUAUGGAUUCUGUGAAUACCGAACCGAAUCUGAAGGGGAUGCGAAGGGGAAAACUUCCUUGUUUUGUGACAAAAAGUCAUGCGAUUUCCCUCCCCGCCCCUAAUAUGCAUAUGCAAAUUAGGAUUCAGUUCGGCCGGGCAGAAGGAUUCGGCCGAAUCCUGGAUUUGGUGCAUCCCUAGUAGCAGGGCUCUAUUUCUUUAUAGCAAAAAAGCAGAAGCUGUGUUGUUCUUCAGGGUUGGGAUUCUGGAUGAAAAAUCUGUGAAAUAACCUUUGAUUCCUUUACCAUUUAGGGAAAAAACGUAUUAACUGUUAUGGCUGUUAGCGGUUUAACUAGAAGGGUGGAGUGUGUACAAACAUUAUAUUUUUUUGCUGAAUUGCUCUAAGAAUAGAGGAAUACCUAUGCUAUCAUUAUUUUAUGGUAUCUCUCUGGCUAUGAAAAAAUGUAGGGAGUUGGUAGGCCAUGUCUCUCUUCAGCUUUUAGUAAGGGAAUUGUAUCACAAUGGGCUUUAGGAGACAAUAAGGGACUUGUGGAUAAAACUUCAAGCUGAGAGCUAGUAAGACCUUUAAGGUGGCCAUAGCUGACAGAAGACUUGGAUAUCGGUCAGCUCAUCAAUUGGGCAGGCUGGAAAAUUUUGAUUGGUUUGAGACCAAUGGCCGCAGGAAAGAUUGUAAUUGUUAUGUCUAUGGCCACCUUUAUAGAAACUGUAGAAGUUUCCCAAUUCAUAAGGCAGGCAGUGGAAAGGGCCCAGCUUGAAGGCCAAUUACCAUGAUUUUGUUAGUGGGAAGGACCUGACAGCAAAGUGAUAGAGCCUCUGUUUUUGUAUCAUUUACUUUUUGACAAACUAAGGGCUGCCUAAAUCCAAUAUAUCUUAGUAUCUAUCUUUCAUUAAUAUUCACGUUAGACAAGUUCCAUAGGGAAAGUGUAAAUGAAGAUACAGUGGAACUGUAAGCUGCUACCAAGAAACCAAAACCAUUUACAAUCAAAAUAUAUAAAAAUUUGGGCUUGCGCAGAAUGUAAUUAUCGUGACAGAGACUACGCCCAAGUGAAUACAUAUAUUUUGUGCUUUCCAGAUUUUCAUCAAAAUUACAAUCCCACUUCGAAAUUGGCCAUUCUAGAGAGUACUAAACAUUAAAGGGAUUCUGUC